UCUGCUGGAAACAAAAACAAACGUAGCAGCGAGCGGGUCCAUCAUUCCACAGGCCAGCUUCAGGUGCAGAACACACGCUAAUCACUAACUAAAAUGUCGACAAUUGUGAGGAAGCUGAUCAGCACCGUAAACGCCGCCAAGCCGGUGGCGCCCUACAAUCAAGCUGUGGUGGCCGAUCGCACUGUGUACGUGUCCGGCUGCCUUGGCCUGGACAAGGACUCGAUGAAGCUGGUGCCUGGCGGUCCCACGGAGCAGACAGAGAAGGCGCUGGAGAAUCUGCAGGCCAUACUGGCGGCAGCCGACUCCGGCGUGGAUAAGGUGAUCAAGAACACAGUAUUCCUCAAAGAUCUGAACGACUUUGGUGCGGUCAACGAGGUGUACAAGCGGGUGUUCAAUAAGGACUUUCCGGCCCGCAGCUGUUUCCAGGUGGCCAAGCUGCCGAUGGACGCCCUGGUGGAGAUCGAAUGCAUUGCCCUUACGGGCCCCGUGCGCACGGAGACGGCUAAAUAGCAGUUAAUAUCCAGUAAGCUGUGAGCAGAUCAAUUGUUCUUAUGAUUUAUUAAAAUAUCGUAUACG